GUGCCACAUGUCAGCGAAAUUGUAGCUUUUACAUUAAAGAUCAUAUUUUUUUACCAUAUUAAGUUAAAAAGUUUAGUUUGUUAUUCUUGCUAGCAAUAAUAAAGCUCCAAAAUGCCGCUAUCUUGUAGAUUUUACAACGAAAAGUAUCCAGAGGUGGAUGAUGUAGUUAUGGUAAAUGUUAGGUCAAUAGCUGAAAUGGGUGCUUAUGUGCACUUAUUGGAGUAUGACAAUAUAGAAGGUAUGAUAUUGCUCUCUGAAUUGUCAAGAAGACGUAUCAGAUCCAUAAACAAACUUAUUAGAGUUGGCAAAACAGAGCCAGUUGUUGUCAUCAGAGUUGACAAAGAAAAAGGUAAUUAGGGAUAUAUUGAUUUGUCUAAAAGAAGAGUUUCCCCAGAAGAUGUAGCAAAAUGCACAGAACGAUUUGCAAAUGCUAAGGCAGUUAAUUCUAUUCUACGUCAUGUGGCAGAAUUAUUACAUUAUGAAAGUAAUGAGCAAUUAAGUAAAUUGUAUCAACAAACAGCCUGGCAUUUUGAAAAGAAGUAUAAAAAUAAAGCAUCAGCAUAUGAUUUCUUUAAACAGGCAGUUCUUGAUCCAAGUAUUUUGGCUGAAUGUGGCUUGGAUGAGAAGACUAAAGAGGUUUUGUUAAAUAACAUCAAAAGGAAAUUAACCUCCCAAGCUGUAAAAAUAAGAGCAGAUGUAGAAUGUGCUUGUUAUGGAUAUGAAGGAAUUGAUGCUGUAAAAGAAGCAUUGUCUGCAGGCUUAGCACUUUCUACUGAAGAACUUCCAAUUCGUAUAAAUCUUAUUGCUCCACCAUUGUAUGUUAUGACAACAUCUACAUCGGAGAAAGCUGAUGGUUUAAAAGCUUUGCAAGAUGCUAUUGAUAAAAUUCAAGAAACAAUCACAAAACUAGGAGGAGUCUUUACUGUUCAAAUGCCUCCUAAAGUUGUUACUGCAACUGAUGAAGCCGAGUUGGCCAGACAAAUGGAGCGCGCUGAGGCUGAAAAUGCUGAAGUUGCUGGAGAUGACAGUGAGGAGGAAGAAGGAAUGAACUACGAAGGCGGAGAAGAGCCAAGUAAAGAAAAUGGGGCUGAGGAAGAGAAUGAUGAGGAUUAAAUUACUACUAAUGUAUUGAAUUGACAAAUCCACACAUCUUAUAUACAUUAAGCCACACAAAAAUAACUAAUCUUCCAUCAUAGCUUAAAGAAGCAAAAGUCCAAGGAUCUACUGGAGACCACUCUCCACAAUAAACGGAGUCUUCAUGUACUUCAUAUGUUUGUAAAAUACCUUCUUUUAAUCUGCAAAAGAAUAUUCAGGC